ACAUGAGGCUAAUAGCUAGCUACCGAGUUGUGGUUGUGUUUAAUGUGGAACAAUGAGUGACCGCAUUACACCGUUAUGAAAACAAUAACUAACGUUAGCUGCGUUCAAUGAUAAUAGGCCUAUUACUUCAAGCAAAAGACGAGACAGUUUGCUAGCACACAAACCUGACAAAGCAAUAGUACCUACUAGCCUACUAACCUAGGCUACAGUCGGCAAAAAAGCCUGUCGCCAAGUCUGUUACGGGAAGGAAUUUAGCUGGAGCGUUAACUUCAGCCAACCUUGAAAUAGCGGCUUUCUUGCUUGGUUGACGCUGGUGGCGUAACUGGAAUGUAGAUCAAUCGUAGCUGAGCUGCCAAACGUAUGUUAUCAGUCAUUCGGAAGUUCGGUUAUACCGGUCGUCACGCUAAUUUGGCUGAGGAAUGGAUGUCUCAUCAGACGCACAUUUACCUGGCGCUCCAGAUGAAAUGCGCGCCAGCAUGCAUUGCAACGUUUUGACUAUAAUUUGUUUGAUCCCGCCUGUCGGGUGGGUGUUGGGGAAAAUCGGUGUCGCAACGCUGGUUAAGUGCUGCAUGGACGUGUGGCCGGCAUUUUCAGCUGUGUUGCCGCUAUAUUUAUACUGUAACGUCCGGGCAUAUGUCCAGGUAAAUUAAGGACGUGACCAAAAUACUGCAGCGGCAGUAUGGCCGGUACAGAACCAGGUUCAGGCCUGUUGGGGGGCUGGUCUUUUGGCGAUGAUGUAAUCGGCACUACACUGGGACGUGAGAUCAAAGUUCGGUUCCCACGCCACGGCGAACAAGAUGGCGUCUGCUGUCAGAUGUGUCAGAAUGUAUCGCAAAUGGGGUUCAUUGCACUGCCUGUCCGGUUUGGACAUGACGAAGAAGCGUUCCGCUCUGCGUUGAAAAGUUAGCAGAUACCGCAUACUGUGUUUAUGCUGAGAUAUCCCCACAAGUUGCAGUGAAAAAAAAAAACAUAUCAGCGUUUCUACAGAGACCUGUAGACAAAGAGGAUCUAAUGCACCUGCUGACAUCAGAUGGGACAUCACUGUGUUAUUGCCUCAUUCUGUAUGCAGAAGUCACUGAGACUUUAAAUCUCUGUCGCAUCGUAUUUUAUGCAGUUUUGGCAUCGGGAGAACAGGCUGUUGUUGAGGGUGACAGAAGAAUAACCAAAGCCUCGCAUCCCACAGUCAGCUCCCCAAGCCCUGCGGCCCUCAAAGCGCAAACCGCCAACUCUCUGGCCUUCAGCUCCUGUCUUUCCGCCAACGCCCCCGAGUUCUACCCAAAGAACUACAGCCCGUACCAGGAAUCGACGUACGACGAUGGCUCGGACAGUUAUUACCCAGAAGCCACUUUGGCUGAGUUGGUGCAGGAGUACCUGAAUCACCUGAACUCCUCGCCUGCGUCGUUCGAGCUGGAGAUCGAGGCCAUCACGGCCACGCUCAACGCCUGGGUCACAGCCGAGGAGACGCUGCACGAGCUGGUGGAGCUCAUCUACUCACAGUCAACGUCUGUCCCGAACUUCGCCUACACGGGCGCUCGACUUUGCAACUACCUGUCGCAUCACCUGACCAUCAGCCCGCCCGGCGGAACUUUCCGGAAGCUGCUUCUCCAAAGGUGCCAGACGGAGUACGAGCAGAGGGCACAGGCCGUGCGCGGGGAUGAGGCCACGCAGAAGAGCUUCCACUCCUACGUGCUCUUCCUGGGAGAGCUGUACCUCAACCUGGAGGUGAAGAGCCGAAAGGGUCCUCCCUCGCGUGCGGAGAUCCUGCUCAGUGCCCUCAAAGACCUGGCGGACGCUCUCUUCUCCCACCCGGUGGACGGGAACCUCAUCUGCGCCGUGAAGCUGCUGAAGCUUACUGGUUCAGUUCUGGAGGACACCUGGAAGGAGAGCGGGAAGUCUCACAUGGAUGAGCUGAUCCAGCGCAUCGAGAACGUGGUUCUGGACGCGUCCUGCAGCAGGGAUGUGAAACAGAUGCUGCUGAGGCUGGUUGAGUUGAGGUCCAGUGACUGGGGUCGGGUUCGAGCCGCAGCCUCCUCCAGUGAAGCCACGCCCGACAACGACCCAAACUACUUCAUGAAUGAGCCCACCUUCUACACGGCCGACGGCAAACCUUUCACCGCCGCUGACCCAGAAUAUUCCGAGAAAUACCAAGAGAUCCUUGAUCGGGAAAACUACUUCCCAGACUUUGAGGAAAACGGCAACGAGGAAUAUUCUGACGGUGAUGAUGAUGAAAUGGACCCAGAGAUUGAAGAAGCUUUUGAAAAGUUUUGUUUGGAAUCAGAAAAAAGAAGGAAAUGAAGCGAUGAAAAGGAGAUUAGACAACUUUUUAUGUUCAGAUGCUGGAAUGUUCGCUGCUGUUUAAAAAAAAAAAGAAAGAAAAAAGCAAAAAAAAAGCAAAAAAGAAAAAAAUUACAAAAUUCACAAUUACAAGUUUUACGUUGUAAGCUUAAAACAGGAAAUGCGUACAGGCAGCACUUCCUGGUCUUUUACCCUGCUUUUGACGUGGUGACGCAAGGACAGAACGCUGGAUAUUCCAAGAUCAGGAGGAUUGGCCGUCGGUAUUAAAGGGUCAGUUAGGCCGUUAGCUUCCCCUGUCAGGCUCUGCGGCUAUCCUAUUUGAAGCUGGGAGCCACGGCAUUAGCCUGAGGAGAGCAGCUCAUUAGCCUGAGGAGAGCAGCUCAUUAGCCUGAGGAGAGCAGCUCACAGCCACGUCUCUGGAUAAGGUGCUUUAGUGAAGAACAGAGACCACAGCCUGGAGCCACCCGGCCUGUCGCCUGGUCCUCUCUCCAUUUCUAAAUCUAAAUCUCCACUUACUCUGCUCAUUCAAAAUGGUGUGUCGCCAUCUAACAACAAGCUUCCGUUUGUGAAAAGGAAACUGUGAUAACACACAGCUGUUCAUACUGUAGUAUUUCUCUGUUUUUAUUUGGAGGGGAUAUGUUCAGCUGAACCAGUGGGCAAUGUCCGUUCCGACGAGCGUACUGAUUUAUUUUCCACCACAAGGGGGCGCAGUGGUGCCUGUCUUACAAGCCGCAGUCGAAACUGAACCUGGGAGAAAGAGACACAGUUGUGACCCUCCUCCUGCCAAUGCUUAUGGAAGUACAGGUUUAGACAUGAGACUUGAAUACAGGUUUAGACAUCAGACGCAAGUAAAGGUUUAGGGCAAAGUGCACUAAAAUGGACAGUGACAAUGGUCAACUAAAUACAUUUAUGUAUAACUUAUAACCUGCAAUAAACUGAUCCCAUGCAAAGGAGUAUGUUUUGUUUCUAUUUUAUUUAAAUGUUAUUUACAGUAUUGUUUGGCUGCAAUAAAUUCUUAAUAACAAGAAAA